UCUUUGUUUUAUGUGUUUUCUCAAAAUUAUAGGUAGGAGAUUAGGAAAUAUAAGAAUAAAAGUUUGGUGGCGCCACCCAGCACCCCGUUUCAAAGGGGACGCUGAUAGCAUCUCUCCAUCCAUACCAUCCCGCCUCGUCUACGGCUCAGGUAACACGGUAAACGUAGACGGACAAGUUCAAACUCUCUUUCGUUCGUCCAGCUUCAUUUACCUAUUUUUUAUCAUUUGUCUGCUUUCCAAGAUAUCGGGACGGCAGGUCUUGUUUACCGGACACACACGUAAACCUAUUCUUUUCCACGCAGACCAUUACCUAUGAGGCCAUGGCAUUUGGACGUUUUGCCAGCAUUGACAUGUCCGUGACGGUUGGCCUUGUUGGCCGCCUUGACCUGGACAAGCAGUUGUGGCUCAAGCCUCGCUUGCCUAAAGACCUUCACUUCUUGUUCGGUGGAUGGACUACGAGCGCGAGCAACAACCUGCUCAAAUACAACUGUCGCGCCGCCAAGUGGCGCGUGAUGGUCAACCGCCACACCACGGCCAGCCUCCUGGCCGUGACCUCCUGGCCUCCUCCUGAUAGCGUCCUGGCCUCCAUGUGCCGUGAUCACGAACCUGUGGCACAUCUGUGAAAAGGGCACCAAUGGACCGCAGCACGUGACCUCGCUACGCAACUGACGUGACUGCAGGCUACACCGUCUCCUGGAUGGACUCAGUUUUCGUUGCACCUUUUCUGAGCAGACUCGCCAAA